AUGAUGAUGUUGAUAGUUCAGGCCAUCAUCACCAUGAAGAUCAACAUAGGGAAUCUCAUCACCAUCAGCAUCAUGGAGACCAGCACAAUCCAGGCCAUUGCGUACAACAUGUUGACCACUACAGAUCAGGGGCAUUCUGCUGGCAGUCCACCAGCACACAGGAAGACGGAGCCUCUUUCCAUUAAACCAGAGUCUUCCAUGACAACAACAAGCAACCCCAGCAGCCACGAAGAGGAACGAACAAGUUUCAUUGGCCCAUCAUUACAACAAGAGAAGAAAGAGGAGCUGGAUAGAAUCAUGAUAAUACAAGGACAAAAUGAAGGUCUGCACCACAGUUUGCUGAAGACAGCAGUGAGGAUGGAGUGUUUGGGAGAGGAAUUCAUGAGUAGCCAAAAGCUGUUGGAGGUGGAACUUCAGAGGACACGCACAGAGCUCAGCAACCUCACGGAGAGGUUUAAGAGACUACAUGAUAACUGUUCCUCCACACAGCAGACUAAUAAUGUUCUGGAGCAAAAGCUUCACUCAGUGACUCAAAAUAUGGAAGAAGAACGACAAAGGUUGAACUGUCGUAUUUCAGAGCUGACAAAGCAGCUUGAUAAUGUGAAAUUUGCCAACUCUGGCGAAGUGUUCAGUGUGACUUCUGCAAUCCACAAAAACAACCAUCAUUUUCAGUCAGAUGAUACCAUUAAUCAGGUGGUUCUCCCAAUCGCUCCCCCUCCAGUUCAGUUUAUGGACAACGAUAAUUAUGGAAAGGUUAAAGCUGCUGGGCAGGAGCAACCUCUAGGGUCAGUCCCAGAGGAGGAGGAAUCUGACUGGUCUGAAAUGGGAGAAGAGACCCCACGACUUAUACUGACAGGAUCAAACAGGGGUCAGACCUGGAGACACCGGGAAGCAGACCUGGACAGAGACAGCGAGUCAGGAAGUGAGGAAAUUCCCAGACGACACUCUCCACGCCCACUGCAAAUACCUCAUCUUCAGUUCACCUCCCACAGUGACAAUUUACCUGCACCACAAACUAGUUCUCGCCCUUCUGGCAUGAAGAAUCUUUCUGAUGGCAUUACAGGUGAGGGAAGUUACAGGUCCUCUAGUCCAAAUCACGGAUCUGCCAUUCUUAUCCGGUCAGCAAGCCUGGAGGAAAUUCCUCUGGCAUGCCAUCACAUGCAAAAAGAGCUGAGAGGCACAGAGGCCAUGAUGGACCUCCGCCAUCAAGGGAAUGAAGCUACUGAGGAUUUAGAUAAUGAGAUCAUUCAUCAUUGGAACACAAGCAACCACAGGGUUAUUGGGAGGCCAAUAGAUAGCAGUAUGUCAGAGGCAGAAAGCAGCUUGGCCAGCCUGCAGUCAGCCGAGCGGAUGCUAAACCACUUCAUAUGUGAUUCUUACACUACAGAGGGAAGAGACAGGGCUGAAGUACAUGGCUGGAUAGGAGGGAUUCCAGAUGAGGUGCUGAAAGGAGAGCGAACAAAGCUGUGACAGUAACAUGACUGCACUAAAAUCCUAAUUUAAUGUAGCUGUAGUAGAAAGUUUAAUGAAUAAGCUCAUUUUAGUGGUUUAUGGAUUCAGCCACAUUAAUUUGAUGUUUGAUGUAAUUUAAUUUCUGAAUUUGAAAAGUAGAUUUUAUGGAUUUACUUUGAUAAACUGAUGCUUUAACUUUCCUACUGUCCAAUUGGUGUAUCCAAUAAAAGUGAUGAGUUUCUAGCUUUAAAUUAUUAUAGCUGGCAUUUGCUGAAAGUGAUUGUUGGUCGAUGAAAACUAUGUAUAUAAAUGUGCACCUUGGAAA